CUCAAGUCUCUUCGCAGGUGCCGGGCAGCCAGGUUGCGAGGCCAUCAUGCGGACGCCGUUGCUCCUGGCCGUGCUGCUGGGCCUUCACGCUGUCGCGGCUGACACAAUCACCAAAGAGUAUGGCUUCUGCCCCAAGUACGCCAUCCAGUCGGGAGACACCAUCUUCCAGCUGGCCGAAAAGCUGAACGUCACAACUGAGGCGCUCACGGAGGCGGCCACGGGCUGCGGCGCCGACCUGUCUCUGCUCCAGAUUGACCAGGAGAUCUGCCUACCUGGCUACAACAGUACCAUCUGCACCCACGUGCUGGAGACAGACCCGGACCGGCCCUGGUGCCAGGUGUACGAGGUGCAGGAUGGGGACACCAUCACAUCGGUGGCCGCCCUGUUCAACAUCACCGAGGAGGACCUUGUGGACCUGAAUGCCGACUACCUGGAGGAUGGCUGGGCGCUGCCCUACGCCGGCCAGUAUGUGCGCAUGCCAGGCUGGAACCAGAAGAAGUGCCGCGACUUCAACGACAACGACACCCCCGACUGCCAGAUGUACGUCGUGCAGGCGGGCGACUCCGCCACCAUGAUCGCACAAAAGUUCAAGGUCAGCCUGGAGGACAUGCUGGAGCUGAACGAGCUGAAUGACACCGACGCGUUGCAGCCCAACUUCAAGCUGAAGAUCCCCGAGUGGAAUGAGACCUGCCCCCCGGAGGGCAUCCCCGCCGUGGUGCCUGCCGACACCGUCGACUGCCGUGUGACGCAGCUGGGGGAGGGCGAGUCGCUGGCCUUGCUGGCCGAGGAGUACUCCACCUCUGUCCAGGACAUCCAGAAGGUCAACCCCACCCUGAAGAACGUCACCACGCUGCAGCCCGGCAUCUAUGUGAACCUCCCUCCUUUCCCGCGCGCCUGUGUGGGCAAUGGCAACCUGGUGGAUGUGGCCGGGGAGAGCACCGUGCCUGAAGACUUCGAUUACAAUGGCCUGAAGGGCCCCAUCCCCAUCUCCCUCGCCUGUUGA